AUGGUUAAGGAAACCAAGUAUUACGAUACCUUGGGUGUUGCCCCUACUGCUACUGAGCAGGAACUGAAGAAGGCUUACAAGGUCGGAGCCCUCAAGUACCACCCUGACAAGAACGCACACAACCCCGAUGCCGAAGAGAAGUUCAAGGAAAUCUCUCAUGCCUACGAAAUUCUCUCCGACUCUCAGAAGCGACAGAUCUACGACCAGUAUGGUGAGGCCGGCCUCGAGGGAGGUGCCGGCGGUGGUGGAAUGGCCGCCGAGGACCUUUUUGCUCAGUUCUUCGGUGGUGGUGGUUUCGGUGGCAUGGGCGGCAUGUUUGGCGGCGGUGGUAUGAACCGCGGCCCCCCCAAGGCCCGUACUAUCCACCAUACCCACAAGGUUACCUUGGAAGAUAUCUACCGAGGUAAGAUCUCGAAGCUUGCUCUCCAACGGUCGAUUAUCUGCCCCAAGUGUGAGGGUCUCGGUGGCAAGGAGGGUGCUGUCAAGCGAUGCACUGGCUGUGACGGCCAUGGCAUGAAGACAAUGAUGCGCCAAAUGGGCCCCAUGAUCCAGCGCUUCCAGACUGUCUGCCCUGACUGUAACGGAGAGGGUGAGAUCAUCAAGGAGAAGGAUCGUUGCAAGCAGUGCAAUGGAAAGAAGACCACCGUCGACCGCAAGGUCCUCCACGUUCACGUCGACAAGGGCGUUCGCAGCGGCACCAAGGUUGAGUUCCGAGGUGAGGGUGAUCAAGCGCCUGGUGUCCAGGCUGGCGACGUCGUUUUCGAGAUUGAGCAGAAGCCCCAUGCCCGCUUCACUCGCCGGGAUGACGACCUUCUAUACAACUGCGACAUUGAGCUUGUCACAGCUCUGGCUGGUGGCACAGUCUACAUCGAGCACCUCGACGACCGAUGGCUCGCCAUUGAUAUUCUUCCUGGCGAGGCUAUUUCUCAAGACGCCGUCAAGAUGGUUCGCGGCCAAGGUAUGCCCUCUCCCAGGCAUCACGACUUCGGCAACAUGUACAUCAAGUUCAACGUGAAGUUCCCCGAGAAGAACUGGACCGAAGAUCCCGAAGUUUUCGAGACCCUCCGCAAGGUUCUCCCACCCGCCACGCAGAACGCACCUCCCGGUGACGCUAUGUCCGAACCCGCCAGUCUCGAGGAUUUGGAUAACACGACCCAGAACAGAGUAUUUGGCAACUCUGACGGUAUGAUGGACGAAGACGACGAGGAUGGCCAUCCCGGCGGUGAGCGUGUGCAGUGCGCCUCGCAGUAA